AUGCCCGAGCACAUCCCGCUCUUGCUUUUUGUUCGCCGCGGUUUUCGUCGUCUCCAUGAUCUGGUUAAAAUAUGGAUCCGGGCAAUGCUCGUUGGGACGGUUUGGCUGAUUGCACUACCAUAUUAUACAGUCUGGAUCUGGAGAUUUUUUUUUUGGAGUGGCGAAAAUGUGGCCUUCAAACUAAACGGAUUGAAAGUACCAGAUGCGGUUGAAGAUUUACCUAGCAAUAUGGCGGAAGAGAAAAGUGUGUUGGCGAUGUUCUAUGUAACAAUAGUGAAGAGCUUGGUGGCUUAUGGCCCUAAGGGAUGGACUCUCAGUGAAGAAUAUAGCGAGUCUAUAAGUUUACAAUUCAGCAAAUUUAUCGCGGACACGUUUGAAGGACAGAUCGUUGCAUGCAUUGUGAUAAUAGUAUUCGUGGCUGGAUUUCUUUUACGAGAAUGGAUACUUCAAAAUACUCCAGCCGAAGACGGGUUAAAUAACGAUGCCAUGGACAUCGAUAUGCCCGUUGAGGCAGAAGUAGGAGCUGCCCGAGAUGUUGGUCCAUUUUUUAACAUCGAUGAUCCUCAACAAGUGCCUCCGGCUGCUGAUGUAGAUGCUCCUGAUAUCGACCAUAUGCAAGACGCUUUUGGUGGCGAAAAUAUAUUGGCUCAGAUACCUGCAUUCAAUCGUGUAUUUAAUGCGGACAAUGUACAGCAAGAACAUGAAUUAGAAGAAAUAGGACAUUUGCGAAUGCAACAAGUUAAUGAGUCUCUUAUAGAUAGCGAUUCGAUUAAUACAGAGAACAAUUUAUCCUCCUCGAAUUCUGCUUCCGAUAAGAAAUUUGAUAAGAGUCCGAUAUCUAGUGAUGAAACUAUUACAUCUAUGUCGCAAGGCAGCGUGAAAGACAACACACAAUUAAUGCAAGCUGAACGAGACGAUACUUCUACUUCCACACGCCCGGGACGUGUGGAACGUUCACCGCUCUAUGUAUCCCCUCGUGAUGGUAAGUUGACAGUAUCUGCUGUCAUGGAUGAAGUGUCUACCGCAGACGAUCAAAAAAAAUCAAUAUAUGAAGAUGCACAAGGCGACUCUUCCGCAAAUAAUUAUACACUGUCCUCCCAAUCAAAUAUCUCUAGUGCAUCUUAUCAAAGCCAGAUGCCUGAUCGAUUGACAGUUGACCAAGAGAGUGCAACAGACUCUAGCAUGGCAACAGGUUUUGGCAAACAAAUUAAACUUGACGAAAAAGAUCCGGCAAAAGAAAGCAUAGGCGUAUUAUCACAAAAGAGAUAUGGACAUUACGCUGAUGGAUCCGAACAGUUAGCUAGCAGUGGACAGUCACGUUUUCCAGUCCUUCGACCAGGUAUAUGGGAACUUGAUAAUAGAGAACCAUUUGACGGCAGCUCGUCGUCAGACGAUGACGGGUCGAAUGCCGAAACUACUCGAAGCGGAAUAUCGCACAGUGAAGUUAGACACUUUGGAGAUGAAAACGAUGAGAAUUAUGACGAGGACAAUGAAGAUGAUGAAACCAGUUUAGAGGAUGAAGAUAGCUCGUACGAAAAUGCAACAGACGACGAAGAGAUUGACAAUCAAGAGAUAAACGCUGUUGAAGCAAAUGAACCAUUGAUCGUUGCUGAAGACAUUCUCCCACGACCUCAGGCGCCUAUCCCUCCGGCUCCUUUAUUCAAUGAAGCUAUUGAUGCCCCCGGAAAUGGUGUUCCUAAUUUUCCUUUUGCUGAAGAUGAACAGGAAGAUGAUGAACGCGCGGCUAAUGAGGAUCUUGAAGGUGUCUUAGAAGCUAUUGGAAUGAGGGGAUCCCCAUGGAUGUUGUUUCAGAAUUCAGCACUUAUGGCAGUACUAAUAACAUUAUGUUUGGCUGGAGCAAUAUGGAUACCAUACAUUGUUGGAAAGUCUGUAUUAUUGGUUAAUCCGUUCAAAUUAAUAGAGCUACCUCUUUCAGUACUACGUUUGGUUACAGAUCCUUUUGUUGACCUUGUAAUUGAUGUUACGUUGCCAUGGAUAUGGUCUAUGAUUGGACCAGUAAUUCAGUCUGGAUGGAAUGCAGUUCACCCUAUACUAAUACCCGUAUUAGAGGAGUACGCCUUGCUUGAACCGCUGAAGGAUGCAACCGAUAAGACUGUCAAAUUGGUUCUAUAUAUAUUAUCAUUUACGGCACAGAUAGCGCCGCCACCUACAGGAAAACCUGUUCCUGUACCACCCGUUAAUGGUACAAUCUCCGAGUUUCUACAAGAUCGCAAUCUGACAAUGUUUGUAAAGUUCAUCGACCAGUGGAACAACGUUGCAAUGGGUAGUAAGCCUAUCGACAAGUUUGCAUGUAUUUCACUUGGAUAUGUCAUUGUUAUAUGUCUAUGUGCUUGGUAUCUCUCGAGGACGCGGAAUGCCUAUGGACGAACAGUUGGACGGGCAGUCUCUGAGGUUUUACGUCAGCAAGGGAUUGUAUUAAAAGUCGCUCUUUUUGUCCUGAUUGAAUUAUUGGUGUUUCCGAUUAUAUGUGGUAUACUGCUGGAUCUAUCGACAUUACCCUUAUUCAGAGAUGCUACACCAAGAACUCGCUUUCACUUUUAUCUUGAAUCACCGCUUACGUCUAUAUUCCUUCACUGGUUCGUUGGAACCGCGUUCAUGUUCCAUUUUGCCGUGUUUGUUUCGCUUUGUCGUGAGGUCGUACGUCCUGGAGUCAUGUGGUUCAUUCGAGACCCCAAUGAUCCACAGUUCCAUCCUAUUAAGGAAAUACUCGAAAGACCAGUAUGGACACAGUUGAAAAAAAUCGGAACAAGCGGGAUAAUGUACAGCGCAAUGAUUGUAUUUGGUGUGGGAAGUGUCAUAUAUACCAUACACACUUUUAUCAAAGGUAUACUACCACUCAAUCUACCGCUAAGUGAUCCUCUUUCGGACUUCCCUCUUGACCUUUUGAUAUGCCAUACCGUCCUGCCAAUAACAGUCACACUUGCUGAGCCCAGAAAACUCUUCCAUCAUCUAUUUACAGUUUGGUGGCAUGUAACUGCACGUCAAUUGCGAUUAACCUCAUUCAUGUUCGGGGAACGACAUCUUGACGAAGAGGGGACUCACGUACGAAAGACUUGGCGUGCUUUCUUUCUGAGAACUCAAGCAAUGGUGCCAAGGUCAAGUACCGAAUUCAACAGUAUUAAUUACUUGUCAAACGAUGAAGCCGAGGUCGUGUUUGUCAGGGAUGGGGGCUUCGUUCGUGCUCCAAGUUUUGAUGGAGUGCCUGGUGUCCCCGGACGAAGAAUGUUAAUACCAGUUAAUGAGCAGGGUGAACUAUUGGAUUCCAAUGAUGCCCCAGAUGACCAGCUGCAUCAUACUGUUGUGUAUGUUCCACCUAAUUUCCAAACCAGAAUAAUUUUGUUCUUAUUUUUAAUGUGGUUCUGUGGAGCAGUCUUCUGUAGCUCUGUGACGGUUUUGCCUCUGGUUGCUGGAAGGUUCAUAUUUGAACACGUGAUUCAUUAUUCUAAACCAGCGCAUGACAUAUAUACAUUUGCACUGGGUCUCCACGUAAUAUGGUGUGGAGUUUGGCUACUUGAACGAAUAUUUAGGAAAUGUCAGCAGUUAAACAGGCGACCGUCCUGGAGAGUCGACUUUGGAGCCCUGAAAACCAAGACAGCAGAGAUUAUAACUAUAAUUAUGAAGGUCGCUUACCUAUUUGUCGUCUUUGGCGUUGUUAUGCCCUAUCUGUUUGCCCUGAUUGUCAAUCUAUAUUUCAUAAUGCCGUGGAGAAGAGCAACUGUUGAUCCAUGGACCAUUCUGUUUUUCGAGAAUUGGGCUUUGGGAAUAGUCUAUAUGAAAAUAUCACACAAGCUUAUUUUCAUGGUGAAUGAUAAUAGGUUUAGUAGAGCAAUAAUUGAGAUAUUUGAGGAUGGUAUUAGGGAACUUGACAUUAAAGUUGCAAAUACGGUGUUUUUCAUACCCGGAUUGUUCGUAUCUGCGUUAGCCAUCUUCAUGCCCAUGUUAACUGCUCGAUUUGUAAAUGUUGUAUUGGGUAUAAAUUCUCCGGAAAGACAGAAUCUUAUACUCCGUCUCGCAUAUCCAACAUGUCUUGCUGUCGUGCUGGGCAUCCGUGUGCAGCGCCAGACUGUGCUAUUAAUCAAAAAUUGGAUGCAAUCAGUUCGAGACGAGCAAUACUUGAUAGGAAGGCGGUUACACAAUAUAGAACCGAUUGAACGGCUCGAGAAUGACAACCCUAACGGAAAUGAAAUGCUGGUUAGGGAUAAUAUUUUUGCUUGA